UGUUUACAAACAAGCGCCAUAAUAUGAAGGAGUUUCCCGGAGUAAUUUGUGAGUAGCUCGUGAACUUGCAGACUGGUGCAGACGUAUUUUAUUCACAUUGAAUUUUACAUCACUUUAUUUCACUUAAUUUUUAAUAACCCUGUUUUAUAAAUUUAAGAAUUAUGUUGUCUGCAAACUCUCCAAGAACUACUCAAGUUUCAACUGCUGCUCUAAUGAAGAAAACGCAUCUCAACGACGAAAACAAGGCCCAAGAUGGUCUCAAGCCUAAAGUUUUAGGAGACAGUCAAAAGCAGAACAUCAUGACAAAGCCAGUAAGCGAGCCAAUCAAAAAGAUGGUACAACCAGCGCCCAGAAGGAAAGUCCUCAAAGAAGAACCACUGCUGAAGGAAAAUCCUCGUCGCUUUGUAGUGUUUCCUAUUGAGUACCAUGAUAUAUGGAAGAUGUAUAAAAAGGCAGAAGCCUCCUUCUGGACUGCAGAGGAGGUGGAUUUGUCCAAAGACAUGAACCACUGGGAAAACCUGAAGGAUGAUGAGAAACACUUCAUCUCACAUGUGCUUGCAUUCUUUGCUGCCAGCGACGGAAUUGUUAAUGAAAACUUGGUUGAAAGAUUCAGCAAAGAGGUCCAAGCAACAGAAGCUAGGUGUUUCUACGGUUUCCAAAUAGCCAUGGAAAACAUUCACUCUGAAAUGUACAGUUUACUUAUUGACACCUACAUCAAAGAUCCUGUUCAAAGGGAAUUCCUAUUCAAUGCCAUUGAAACAAUGCCAUGUGUGAAACAGAAGGCUGACUGGGCCUUGCGAUGGAUCGGCGACCAGGAUGCAGACUAUGGCGAGAGAGUUGUAGCAUUUGCAGCUGUGGAAGGGAUCUUCUUUUCUGGGAGCUUUGCAGCUAUAUUCUGGCUCAAGAAGAGAGGAAUCAUGCCUGGUCUCACAUUCAGCAAUGAGUUGAUCAGCAGGGAUGAGGGCCUGCACUGUGACUUUGCCUGUCUGAUGUUUAACCACCUUGCAAAUAGACCAUCACAAGAACGAGUGCAAGAGAUCAUUGAUGAUGCUGUAAAAAUUGAGCAAGAAUUCCUAACGGAUGCUCUUCCAGUCAACCUGAUUGGCAUGAACUGUGUGUUGAUGCGGCAAUACAUUGAGUUUGUGGCCGACAGACUACUCGUGGAGUUGAAGUGUGAAAAGCUGUAUAAUGUAGAAAACCCAUUUGACUUCAUGGAGCAGAUUUCUUUGGAAGGAAAAACAAAUUUCUUUGAGAAAAGAGUUGGAGAGUAUCAGAAGAUGGGAGUUAUGAGUGGUGGCUCAUCAGGAAGCCAUUCCUUCUCACUUGAUGAAGACUUUUAAAAAUGUGAUGUAAUAUUCGGUUGUGAUCUCAAGCUAUGAAACUGCCCAGAACUUUUGUGCAAUUAUGUCGUGCUGUAAUGAUAUUUUACUGCAAGAAUAAUUUUAAUUUAAUCCAUUAUCAUCUACGUAUUUGAAUAUUUUAUGUGCUUUGAAUGAAUGUUUUGAGAUUUUAAGUUGUGUGUAAUUUUAAGGUUUGAAAGAGAUUAAGUUGUGAAAGUUUUAUGAUGGUGAAUGUUUUAUGAUCAUUUUAGUAACAUCCUUAGUUUUAUAUAUUUAUGACUUGAAA